GGUUGGCAUUUCUGGGUAAGGGCAUAUGUUUUAAUGAAAAAUUUUCUCUUUUCUUCUUAGAUUUUUGCUAUUUGCUUCCUACCCACAUACAAUGAAUAAAGACAAUUUACUCCGCAUUGACACAAACAUAAAAAUCAUCUUGCUUCUAGAAGUGAGUGUUGGGAUCUCUGCUAACAGUAUCCUUUUUAUAGCCUACCUCUGCAUGAUCCUUGGUGAGAACAGGCCUAAGCCCAUUGAUCUCUGCAUUACUUUCUUGUCCCUAACCCACCUAAUGCUGCUUAUAACUAUGGGACUCAUAGCUGUGGACAUGUUUAUGUCUCAGGGGAGAUGGGAUUCUACCACAUGCCAAUCACUUAUCUAUUUGCACAGGCUUCUGAGGGGCCUCACCCUUUGUGCUACUUGUCUGCUGAAUGUCCUUUGGACCAUAACCCUUAGUUCUAGAAGCUCUUGUUUAACAAAGUUUAAACACAAAUAUCCCCAUCACAUCUCAGGUGUCUUUCUUUUCCUCUGUGUUCUCUAUAUGUCUUUUAGCAGUCACUUCUUAGUGAUUACUGGGACCCCCAAUUUGACCUCAGAGAAUUUUUUGUAUGUUACUCAGUCCUGCUCACUUCUACCCAUGAGUUACUCUAGAAAAAGCAUGUUUUUCAUGCCGGUAGCCAUCAGGGAAGCCAUUCUUAUAGGUCUCAUGGCCCUGUCCAGUGGGUACAUGGUGGCUUUCCUAUGGAAGCACAAGAAGCAGGCCCAGCAUCUUCACAGCACCAGCCUUUCUUCAAAAGCCUCCCCAGAGCAAAGGGCCACCAGGACCAUCCUGCUGCUCAUGAGCUUCUUUGUGGUUUUCUACAUUUUGGACACUGUUAUCUUCCAUUCAAGGAUGAAGUUCAAGGAUGGCUCAAUAUUGUACUGCAUCCAAAUUAUUGUGUCCCAUAGCUAUGUCACAGUCAGCCCUUUUGUGUUUAUUUGCACUGAAAAGCAUAUAAUUAAGUUUUUGAGGUCAAUGUGUGGCAGAAUAGUAAAUAUUUGAUUAUUCAGUGAUGGGUAUGGACCAUGAAUAUAAUCCAAUAUGUUAUCAUCAGAUCUAUGGAUGGUGCCAUAG